UAUUUAGCCCAUUCAUAGCCACCAAAUCUCAUUUCAAAGAUCUAAUUAAUCACCACAACACACUUGCCCUUCUAGUUCCCUUGAGCCAACGAUAAUGUCUGAAUCAGCACAAAAACAAGAGACCAUGAAGCUGAAGGAUGAUCAGGAGCAAGUGGUGGUGAUUUCACAGAAAAAACUCAGGACGAGAAGAUUGUGCAAGAUAGUCACAGGAGCAGUGCUGUUACACCUCAUUGUGUUGCUCAUAGUUGCAAUCAUCCUUGCCUUUACCUUGUUCAAGUCCAAGGAUCCAAAGACCACCAUUGUGUCAGCCAGUUUGGAGGGUAUAGCACCUCGUGUCACACUUCCUGCAGUUGACAUACAACUCAACAUCACCCUUGAUAUCAAGAUUCUGGUGGAGAACAAAAACCGUGUUAGCUUCAAACAUGGAGUGGGGACUAGUCUCUUGAUGUACCGAGGGAAACAAGUUGGAGAUACUGACAUAAAGCCUGGUUUGAUUCCUUCAAGAGGUUCUGAAACACUCUCAUGCAGACUCACCCUUGAGGCUGACAACCAAGGGCUAGCAUCCAGCGUGGGUGAUUUGGUUGGGGAUUUGAUGAAAGGAGAGCUUUCUCUGGACACAGUUACUAGGAUUCCUGGGAGAGUUACCUUCCUUGGAAUUAUCAAGAAACAUAUUAUUGCUAAGUCCAAUUGCCAAUUCAAUGUCAGUAUUUCUGCCUUGAAGAUCACUAGCCAAGUUUGCAAGACCAAGGCCACGUUAUGAAUCAUAUACGAAGCAGAUUUUUGUGUCAUAUAUAUACGGUCAUGUUCAUAGUUCAUACUCUAGUUUCUCAUGAGGGGUUUCUGAGACAUGAAUAAUGAUGUUGCAUACUUGCAUGCAGCACGCUUCUACAUGUUAAUUUUUUCAUCUUUAGUAUUACAUGUAUGCUUGUCUAUUAGUCAUUAGACGUUGGUUCCAGUUUUGUAAAUAUGAGAACACUAUUUCCGGUAGAACUAUUUAUAUGUUGUGCUAACUGACUUUGUCCUUUGAAA